AGAAAGAAUUAAGAGUACAAAAACACAUUGAUUGAAACAUUGAAGAAGUGAAAGAUGGUGUGAGUGAGUGAGUGUCUUGGUAGUAGUAGUACUAGUACUAUCUAUACUCCUAUUUCUAUUCCAUUACAUUCCAAUUUAUGCCCACACAUUUCUCUCUCCUACUUUCUUUUCUCUCUUCACUUCUCACCAUUUACUUACAAAACCCUCUCUCUCUCUCUCUCUCUCUCUCUCUGUAGAGAUGAGAGUUAUCUUGUGAAUUUUCUUCUAUGUUUUCUUCUCUCUUCUUCCAAUCGCAUUCAAUCUUAAUUUCCUUCUUCUUCUUCUUCUUCUUACUUCAGGUUUGAUACUUUCCAGAUUAGGGUUCAUACUGCAUAAAACAAACACUUCUUUCUUUUUUAUUUUCAUUUCCAAUUUAUGAACUAGUUUAAUUAGCAAUAGCUUGAAAUUGAAUUUGUAAUUGAUUUGUGAUCUUUUAUAUUUUCUUUAUUAUUAUUAUUAUUAUUAUUAUUUUAAUUUUAAUUUUAGGAACAAGGAUUUUCACUGUUUCUUUCGUUUUCUUAGCUCAAUUGAAUUUUGGAAUCGAAUUCGAAAGAAUUUCAUUCCCUGUACGCAAAACGAGGUCGUUUUUUGGAUUUUAGUGUGACGUCCUAAUUCAGAAACCAUAUAAUAUAUGAUGAGGCGAAUGAAAAAGGAGAUCGAGGAUGGGAUGCUCCUCAAUGAUCAUACUGAGCCACAGUUGAAUGAUGAGGGUUAUGAAGGAAGUGUCUGUGGGGUUGUUCUGAAGAAAGGGCCAUGGACAUCUGCUGAGGAUGAUAUUUUGGUCAAUUAUGUCAAGAAGAACGGAGAAGGAAACUGGAAUGCCGUUCAGAAGCAGACUGGCCUGUUACGUUGCGGAAAAAGUUGUCGACUGCGGUGGGCUAAUCACCUUAGGCCAAAUUUAAAAAAAGGGGCAUUUAAUGCAGAAGAGGAGCUGUUGAUUGCUGAGCUUCAUUCAAAAUUGGGAAACAGAUGGGCACGCAUGGCAGCGCAAUUGCCGGGUCGUACAGAUAAUGAGAUAAAGAACUACUGGAAUACCCGGGUCAAGAGGUGUCAACGGGCUGGCUUGCCGGUCUAUCCUCCCGGAGUGCAGCAAGAGACUCCCCGUGACCAAAGCACUGGUGGAAUUAACGGAGACCAUAAAUUGCAUCCCGAUUUCUUGCAGAAAAAGAGUUACGAUGAUAUACAUGAUGCAAUAUUUGACAGUCUGAAGGAUAACCAGGGAAUCUUACCUUAUGUGCCUGAGCUUUGUGAUAUUUCUGCUUAUGGCAAUAUGCUAAAUGGUUUUGAUUCUUAUCAGUAUUGUAGUUUUCUGCCAGCAACAUCCAACCACAAAAUUCUUCUAGAGUCAACAAUGCCAUUUCUUGAUUCCAGUGGUAAUAACAACAGAAGUGGUUUUUAUCCAUUUGAUCAUAUUCAGGAUAAUACUUCUGAUAAUUUGACACAAUCAUUUGGCAUGCAAUCACCCCUUGAUCCUGGUCUCUCCUCACACAGCUCGAUGUGUUACAGCCAUUCACUUAAAAAUGGCAAUUCCUCCACUUCUAAGCCUUUCGAGGCUGUUAAGCUGGAGCUCCCUUCACUCCAAUAUUCAGAAAUUGACUUAGGUAGCUGGGGUACAUCUUCCACACCUCCGUUACUUGAGUCAAUUGAAGAUUUCAUUCAAUCUGAUACACCGAUUAGUACACUGGAGUCAGAUUGUUCUUCUCCACAGAAUAGUGGCCUGCUGGAUGCUUUACUUUAUCCGGCGAAGACUCUGGGCAGUUCAAAAAAUAAUUUUUAUGACAAGUGUUCAAAUUCAUCUAUUGCAACUCCUGGUGACAGAGCAGACAGCUCUGCUUUGAAUAUGUAUGAGCCAGAGUGGGAAGAGUAUGCUGAUCCUGUACCUCCAUUUGGUGCAUCUUCCAUAUUGAAUGAGUUCCCCGCUGUUAGUGCCAACAGAAAUUCACUGGAUGAACAGCCACCUGUUCAGAACUUUGAUGGCAACAUUGUGAAAUCAGAAUAUGCUGACCAGAUUUGGACCCCGGACAGUGAAAAUCAAAUCAUGUCUCUGUUGAUCAAUAGUCGGCCAGAUUUCUUGCUUGCAUCAGAUUGGUAUGAGCCAGCUUCUGGGCAACUCACAAAUCAAUCCAUUGCCACUGAUGCUACAUCACCGUUUCUCGGAGAUCAUUUAGCCACUGACAAUAAACAUAUGACUGCUGGAACUUCCAUAUCAAAUCACGUAUGGGAGUUCGGUUCUUGUGCAUGGAACAACAUGCCUGCUGUCUGUCAUAUGUCUGAUCUUGGUUAAGAAAACAUCUGAGAUGUGUGAUUCGAAACUAAUUACUUUCAUGUUGGUUUUCUUAACGUCGUUGUCAGGUGUUAAUAUCUCCUGAUGUGAGAAAGAUUUUAUAUAGGUGUGAUUUAUAAUUUCGAUUCAUUGGUAGAGACUCGUAUUGUCUUGUGGCUUUGUCAUUUUUUUCUGUUUUUCAUGAACGAAUUCCUCCAUGAAUCUUUUGUAAACAAAUACUUUUGUAGACUUAGAUUAAUUUGUGUAGAACAGCAUUGCAUUUGAAACAGCUAAA